AACCAAAAAAAAAAUGAAGAACAGUACCAUGAUCGUUGAAAAAAAACUAACCAAGUCGAGUCAAUUAAAAAAAUUGCAAAAUAAAAUAAAAAAGAAUUUUCUUCGACCCUUAUCAAACGAAUCAUGCAUAAUGAAAUGUAUCAAAUCGAACCGAAAACCAAAAAAUAUUGUUUAUGAGUUUGAAUGUCCUUUCAUGCAAGCACAAAUGAAAAAUGAAACAAAAAGCAGAUUCAAUUGUUUCAUUAGCCGAACAGAACGUCCACCGACCAACACACAUCAAAUCAUAGAGAGUGAAGAGACCGUAUUCGAUGCGCAACGUUGCAUCAGUGUAAUAGGAGUCAGUCCCAACUAUUGCACUCUCACAUCCGACCGAACAGACUGUUGCGUCGCACCUGCUGCUAUUAGAACAUCAAAAGCCACAUCAAACGGUACACUUCUCACAAACGAUCGAACUGACAUUUGCGAUUCAUCUGUUGCGAUAAAUGCAUCCGAAUUCGCUCCAUCAUUCAAGCAAAUCAGUGAAAUUCAUGAAUCAUACUAUGAAAACUACACAAAAACUUUCAAUACAUACUACAUGACAUAUAAAUGUGUCAAAAUUACCGCCGAAAAAUAUGCACGUGAUUUUUCGAUAAGUGAAUUUCUACCAUGCUCUUGCUGUUUAUGCAAGCUACAAACCAAUGAAUCGUUCACAUUUUGCAUAAAAGAUCAUCCAUGCAAAGAGCCAUGUCGACAAGGUCAGUCGAAUAGUAACAGCAGAUUUAAAUACCAACAAAAGCGCAUUUGUGAGGAAUGUAUGUCAUCUAUGAUAUUAAACGCGAACAAAACCGAAUCCAAACAAUUUCGUUGCAUAUUCGAUGGAUGUUCAAAGAAAUUCAAAAAUGGAAUAACAUUACAAAAUCAUUUCCUAAAGCAUUUGAACGUGAAAAAUUUCUUGUGUUCCAUAUGCGGAGAGGGUUUCACUCAAAGCACAAUAAAAAAACACGAACGUACUCAUCUCAAGUGAGCCACGAAAUUGUUUGGAUUUAUCUGAAAGUUAAGUUUUGUUAUAAUUAUAGUCAAAUAAGAAGAAAAAAACACUUUUGAAUUUAAGCAACUGUGUAUAAAAAAACUUUUAUUUCUAGGAACAAUCUCCUAAUAAUAUUAAUGUUUAUUCAAUAAAAUUUUUAUGUCCGAACUCCAA